AUGCUGACCUCCAUAUUUUGGAGGUUCCUUCUGUUGGCAGGCCUGUGCUGCCUGGUACCCAGCUCCCUGGCUGAAAGCCCCCAGGGAGACGUUGCCCAGGAAACAGAUGCAUCCAAACAUGACCAGCACCCAACCUGCCACAAGAUCUCCCCAAACCUGGCCAACUUCGCCUUCAGUCUAUAUCAUGAGGUGGCCAAUACAUCCAAUACCACCAACAUCAUCUUCUCUCCCGUGAGUAUUGCUGUAGCCUUUGCACUGCUUUCGCUGGGCACCAGAUCUAACACCCAGGCCCAGAUCCUGAAGGGCCUAGAGUUCAACCUUACAGAGAUAUCUGAGGCCGAGAUUCAUGAAAGUUUCCAACACCUCCUCAAUACCAUCAACCAUCCGGACAACCAGCUCCAGCUGACCACCGGCAAUGGGCUGUUCGUCAACGAGAGUAUGAAGCUAGUGGAAAAGUUUUUGGAGGAUGCCAAGACGUUGUACCACUCGGAAGCCUUCUCUGUCAACUUUAAGGACACAGAAGCAGCCAAGAAACAGAUCAAUGAUUACGUGGAAAAAGGAACCCAAGGAAAAAUUGUGGAUUUAAUCAAAGAGCUUGACGAAAGCACAGUUUUUGCUAUGGUGAAUUACAUUUUCUUUAAAGGCAAAUGGAAAAAACCCUUCCAGGAAGAGCACACUGAAGAUGCAGACUUCCACGUGGAUGAGGCGACCACAGUCACCGUGCCCAUGAUGAGGCGCCUGGGCAUGUUCAAUGUCCACUACCAGGAGGAGCUGUCCAGCUGGGUACUGCACAUGGACUACAUGGGCAAUGUCACAGCCAUCUUCAUCCUGCCUGAGCAGGGCAAGAUGCAACAGCUGGAGGCAGGCCUCACCAUGGAUUCCUUCCACAAGAUUGUGGACCACAAGUACAUGAGGUCAGCCAAAGUGUUCCUCCCCAAAGUGUCCAUCUCUCAGUCCUACAAUCUGAAGGAACUCUUGGGCAAACUGGGCAUCACCCAGGUCUUCAGCAAUGCAGCCGACCUCUCAGGGAUCACUACUAUGGCACCCCUGAAGCUGUCCAAGGCGGUGCACAAGGCUAUGUUGACCAUGGAUGAGAAAGGCACCGUCGCCACAGGGGCCACCGUUUUUGAAGCCAUCCCCAUGUCUAUACCUCCCACUGUUAAAUUCGACCACCCCUUCUUCAUGGUUAUCUUUGAUAAGAAGACCAAGAGCCCCCUCUUUGUGGGAAGGGUGGUGAACCCCUUACAAAAGUAA